AGUAUUUUGAGUAGUCGUGAUCAUCAGUAGUCAAUAGCUUGUGAACAUUAGUAGGUUGCAGUUCUUAAAUUAAAGAUAAAAUUAUGAAAUACAAUAAACGUUGUAAUUGGCUUAGCAACAAUAUGUUAGUAGUACCCUUUUGAAAUUGCGAAAAUUGAUUUUUCGUUCGCGCAUUGCGCACCGCGAAUGUCCUGCGCGUUCCAACCCCAACCCUAAGAUAAUAUCAGUAAGCAUAUCAUCAGCAACGCCAGUUUAUUGACAAAUACGUAUUUGGUCCAAUUCGCACAAUGGAAAAUCUCAAUAAGAGGAAACUUUCGGCCAAAGGGGAGAGCUUGUACGCACAACUAACGCUUCCCAAAACAGCUACAGCGGAGGAGAUCAGGAAGAAUUAUCGACGAUUAGUUAUCAAGUAUCAUCCGGACAAGAACCCAGACCCAGCGGCCGUCGAGAAGUUCAGGGAAAUCACCUACGCCUAUUCGGUGCUCAAUGAUGAACACAAAAGGGCGAUCUACGAUGAGUACGGUUCGAUUGGUUUGGCAAUUGGGAAGAGUUUCGGAGACGAAAGCGUCUGCAUCAAAUUACCGUGGUGGUUGAAAAUUAUCAUCUUGACGAGUUGUCUGGCCACUUGUUUCUGUUGCUGCUGCUGUUGUUGCUGUUGCUGCUGCAAGUACAAACUUAAAGAUCCCGAAGAAGACGAGGAGUUUAAAACUUUCCAGGAAAACGCUUUAGUGGAGUACGCACCGAAACCUGGUGAUUACGAGAUCGAAAACGAAGACGAGGAUGGGCCUUCCACCUCUGAUCCAAAUUGCAAGAUCACCAGCAAUCCAUUCUUUGCAACAGAAGGGCAACAGGAAACGACCUUUGUGUAAAUAUGUAUA